AUGGAGCUUUCUGAUAACGAGAGGGAUGAGUUAUUGUAUCAACUAUUGAAGAAGGAUUUAAAGACUGCAGGCAAGAAUCUUAACAAGGUGACGGAGAAAUGCUUUUGCAGUUGUGUGAAGGAUUUUACGGUUUCAACCCUCGGAAAAAAGGAAUUGGCCUGCAUACAGAACUGUGCUUCCAAGCAAAUGGACCUGAUGGACCGAACACAGCGCGCAUAUCAGGAAGUGAGGACUAAGGGGAUGUCCACCACAUCUCAAUAG